GCGAAGACGAAGAUGGAGAAGCCGGUCGGCAUCAAGCGGUGGAGGCGGGCGGUCAGUGCCGUGCUCGCCGCCGUCGUGGUGACCGCGCCGCCCCUCGUCAUACUCCUCGGCGGGCGCGGCUUCAGAGCGCCGGGGGUUUGGAUCCAGACCGCCAUGGCCGGCUUACGCAAAGCAGGUUCUUCGAAUGAUCCCUCCCUGCACCACAGGACAGCGCGCCACGGCGACAGGCUUCUCGGCGGCCUACUAGUCGACGGUUUCGACGAGGAGUCCUGCCACAGCAGGUACCAGUCCGCCGCGUACCGCCGGAACCCCGGCCGGCGACCCUCCCCGUACCUCGUCUCCAAGCUGCGGCGGCACGAGGCCCUGCAACGGCGGUGCGGCCCGGGGACCGCGGCCUACGGCAACGCCCUAGAGCAGCUCAAGUCCGGCAGGGGCGUCGCGUCGCCGGAGUGCAGGUACAUAGUCUCCCUCCCGUACCAGGGCCUCGGGAACCGGAUCCUCGCCGCGGCGUCGGCGUUCCUGUACGCGCUGCUCACCGGCCGCGUCCUCCUCAUCGACCCCAGCGACGGCAUGGACGGGCUGUUCUGCGAGCCGUUCCUCGGGGCCACGUGGCUGCUGCCACCAGGCUUCCCGGUGGCGGGCUACGCCAGCUUCACCAACGGCACCGCCGAGACCUACGGGAACAUGGUGAGGAACAAGGUGAUCGGGGCCGAUGCCGCUGAAACGCCCGCGUUCGCGUACGUCUACCUCCACAGCGACGCCAGCGCCCACGACAAGAGCUUCUUCUGGGACGAAGACCACCAGAGGCUGCUCCGGCGCAUCCAGUGGCUGGUGAUGAGGACGGACAACUACAUCGUGCCGGGGCUGUUCCUCGCGGAAGCGUUCCGGGGGGAGCUCGAUGCGAUGUUCCCGGAGCCGGACGCCGUGUUCCACCACCUCGGCCGGUACCUGUUCCACCCCAACAACCACGUCUGGGGCCUCGUCACGCGCUACCACGACGCCUACCUCGCCGGCGCCGCGCAGCGCGUCGGCAUCCAGGUGCGCGUCUUCGGCGCCCAGCCGGACUCGCCGGAGCUCCUGGAGCAGAUCACCUCGUGCACGCAGAAGCACAAGCUGCUCCCCGAGGUGCUCGCCACGGGAGAGCCGAUGCCGAUGCCGCCGCCGCCACUUGCCAAGUCGACGAAGGCCGUCCUCGUCACGUCCCUCAAGCCCUGGUACCACGAGCAGCUCAAGAGCAUGUACUGGGAGCACGCGGCGGCCACCGGGGAGGUGGUGAGCGUGCACCAGCCGAGCCACGAGGGGUACCAGCGCUUCGGCAUCGAGUCGCACGACCGCAAGGCGUGGGCGGAGAUCUACCUGCUGAGCCUGGCCGACGCGCUGGUGACCACCAGCCAGUCCACAUUCGGGUACGUCGCGCAGGGGCUCGCCGGCGUGAGGCCGUGGGUGAUGUACAAGCCGGCCGGCGACGGCGCGACGACGGUGCCGCCGGACCCGCCGUGCGGCCGGGCCGCGUCGAUGGAGCCGUGCUUCUUCGCGGCGCCCAACUACAAUCUCUGGAAGGAGCAAUGGCUGGACGCCAGCGCGGUCGUGCCACACGUCCAGCGCUGCGCCGACUUCGCCUGGGGUGGCCUGAUGCUGGUUGGUCGGAAUGAAUAGUUUUGAACUGCUACUGGCCGUUUCAAAUCAAAUUAUACAUCUAUCAAGAAAAAUCAAAAUGACCAAUAAUUUAGAACAGAUAGAGUAUUUGUCGAGGAUGUACUAGGUGACGAUUACGAAGAUGACUGUAUGGCUCCAUGUUUAUGUACUUUGAAGAAGCCAAUGCUUGCAUUGGUUUCUUAGGAUGAAGAUUCGUAGCGGAUGGAUGGAUGGAUCAUUAUCUGUAAAUUUAAUUGGUUGCGAGUUACAUUCUCAUCAGUUGCAUUUCAAACUGCCAUAGUUGAAAUGCUGAAUACACUUGCAUCGCUAGAUCUUCCAAUGUUGGGAAAUUUGCACAUAUUGUUGUGCUGGACAAUAGCUA